GGAGGGGAAGAGAUGGAAUAGUUUCGCUAGGCGGUGGCCACGAGCAACGGUCGCCGUCGUCGUCGCUCGUCGCCGUCGAAUCGGUCAUGACCGCCAACUCUGCGACACCGCUUCGUGCAAGUGUACCUCGCCGCCGAAUUCACGCUGCGGCCGCUCGCACUGUUCCGCCAUUCCUCGCGCGUACUUCGAUCGUCUCCGACGUCGACUGCCGUCCGUUCUCGUCGUCCCCGUUCCCCGCCCAUCGUGUACACGAGUUACCCUGCCCCUCCGCCCCAGCGCACUCGCGGUUUUAACUAUUCGGCGCGCGCGAACGUGUACCGAUAAUUGCGAAUCGAUAUUGAUUUAUUGUGCGCCUCGCACUUACGGCACGUGUCACGGUCCGUCCAGUCGUCACCCGGUAACUCGGAUCGCGUUUUUCGAGAUCGCCGCUAUUGUUGUGUUCCGUUCGCAACUAUAACUGCAACAGCAGUACCCCGGCGGUGCGCAUACAGUUCGUCGUACCCGAACGGGAUCGUUUCACCGUGAUAGCAAACGCAGAAGGGUUGGUAUGUUCGCGUCUUCGUCGGUCAUGCUUUGAGGCGGACACCAACACGCGAACAUUGUGACGAUAUCGACGGUCAGCGGUCGUCGUCCUCCCGGUAAACCGGCGAAACGCCAGCGCCGCACUAAGGUUUUACCCGGCAAUCAACGUCGUGUUAUAUAAGAACGAAACGGAUUGUUUGAGGAAAAAACCAAAAUGGUGAAAACUAGUAAAAAAAAAAAUAUAAAAACAGAAAUCAAAAAACUAGAAAUGGAAGAGAUUAGUUGGGAUUCCAAUGAAGAGAGUGAAGAUGAUGAUAUGAUAGGAGAUGAUGAUUGCAAGGAUCCAGAUUAUGUAAUACCAGGUGUACGAAAUAGGAAUAUUUCCAGCAUUAGUGAUGAAGACUGUGUAGAACCUAAGGAAGAUAACAAUGAUGAAAAUGAUGAACAAAGUAGAAAUGACGCUGUAACAGUACAACCACAAGCAGCUGAGAAAUCAAUCAAAGUGACUUUAAAAAAGACUAGGUCAUGUAGUAGUAGUUCUUCUAGAGAAUCUACACAGUCAUUUAAAGUUGUGAGAAGUGAUGUUCUAAAUGAAUCCAAAAGUGUUUCUGGUGAAGAUGGAGAUAAUGAAAAUGAAAAUGAUAAAGUACUACCGGAAGAAGAGGAUGAAAAUAAAAACAAUUCAGAAGAUAAUAGUGAAAUUAGUACUAAUAAUUCCUCUAGUAAUAAAAACUUCUUUAAUGACAUUAUUGAUAAUAUUAUAAUAUCGUCAGAUGAUUCUGAAAAGUCAUUUUUUGAAAGAUCUAGCACAAUUACACCUGUGAAAAAUGAAAAUAAAGAAGAAAAUCCUACAUGUGUAAAUUAUAAUAUUGAAAUAUCAUCUGAUGAAUCUGAGAAAUCAUUUUCUGGAAGAUCUAGUCCAGUUGUACCGGUGAAAGAUGAAAAGAAAGAUGACAAAACUAUAUCUGUAGUUUCAAUAGAAAAUUUAAAAACUGAAAAUACUCUUCAAAAUUCUUCAAUGGAAAAAAAAGAAGAGUGCAAAUUAAAAGUAAAAUUAUUAAAAGAGGAAUUUCUAAAAGAAGACAAUGAUGAAAUAGUAAUUACAAAAAAUGAUGUUAAAGAUGGUGUUACAACAUCUAAAUCUCAAAAUGAAGCUGAAGUAAAAGAACCGGUCAAAGAGCUUAAAUUUAAAGUUAAUGUUCGUUCUUCAGAUGAGUUAUAUGCACCUCAUAAAUCUAACUUAAUUAAUAUACCUCCUGUACAACUAGAUGGGCAACCAAAUUUUUUAUCUCAAAAUGGUGCACCAUUUCCUUUACCACAAUUUGUAUCGUGUGAUGUCUGUGGAAUUCAAUUUGAUUCUGCGGAGUUAUUAGGUGAACAUAAAGUAGCAAUGAAGCAUUUCAAAUGUACUUUCAAGGAAUGUGAGCAUUUAGUAUUAUCAAGUCAACAAGAAUUUUUAGAUCACCAACGUUUGAUUCACAGUAUUAUGCCAUCACCUGUUCAACAAUUAGCACAUCAAGUUCAAAGUUUACCUACAAUGGGUUUUGACCAAAUAUUACAGUCUGGUGUACCACCACUACCUGACAAUUUACCACCACGUGGUAUACCAAAUUUGUAUACACAAUCAUUGAGAAUGCCAUCUCAGCCUGUUCCUAUGCAACGCUCUAUCCGGCCAAUUAUCAGGCCAAACACAUCACACUUAUCUACGAGGGGUCGUAAUAUACUGAGAGGAACAAGAGGAAGACCAGUUUCUAUGAAUACGACUCGAGGUGGUUCAAUAAAAAGACCAGCAUCUAUGCCUUUAAGAGGAUCUCCAGCUCUUAAACGAACACCAACAGAUAGUUAUUCGAAUAACUUGAAACAGUCUCCUCAGGUUGUUAAAUGUUUGUCGCAAUCUCUUACUAAACCAGUAUCAUCUGCUCACAAAAGUCUCCCCAACUCUUCACAACAAGAUGUAGUCAAUUUAUUUUCUAAACGAGGACUUACUAUUAGCACGGUGGAAACUAGUGGAAAAAAUUCUGUCAAUCUUCCUCUAGGAGUUAGCUUAAACUCUGCUGUUACCAUUAUUCCAACAUCACCUCUCAAGGUACCUAAUAAUGUACCCGCUAAAGUAGCUAAUCAGACAUCUUAUAAAGUAUCUAUUGUUCAAAAAAAGAGUGUUGAUACUGUUGAUUUAACUGGUCCAGAACCUAAGUUAUGGCCUUGUGAAGUAUGUUCAAAAACGUAUACAACUAUAGAUUUACUGUAUGAACAUGUUUCUACUUUACAUAAAUCACAUAUCUUCUCAUACAAAUGUAAUUUAUGUAAAUCAUCAUUUCCCAAUCCAGAAAUGUUAAGGCGGCAUAAACUAGUGAAUCACAAACAAGAAACAAACUCCAGUAUUCCAUUUGUGAUUCCUAUUUUAGACAUCACAAAUUCUAGCACCGUAGCUAAAUUACAAUCAAUGGGUGUCACAAAUUAUGUACCAGUUGCCCAAUUAGAUAGUCAUGGAAGCCAGUAUGGUAUGCCAAUCAUGAAUAUUUCGCGCCCGGGUACUAUAGAUGGUUUGAAGUAUACAAACUUUUUCAACCUUGGGAGUAUACGAAAACUAUGAAUGCUUGACAAAGACUGUUUGUUUCUGUAGUUUCUGCAUUUUACUUACUGCAUUUGUUUUUUGCAUUUGAACUUUUGCAGUUAUGUGCAAUUUUAUGAAAAAAUCAUUAGGUAUCUAACAUGUUAGUU